UUAUCUCACGUUGGUAUAAUUGGACUCCUCUGUCUCUGAUAUAAUUCUCAGGUAACUAUACAAAUGUGCAAAUGUGAGUUCAGCUGUUUAUUUACAAAGUGAAAGUAAAAAAAAAAAGCAUAUGAUGAUGAAGUCGGAAGGACCAGUUAUUUAUAUAAACACAUGUGUAUACCCAUACUUAUUGAUUAUUAUUCAAAAAUUAUUAUAAAUAAAAUAAAGCUAAACUCAUUGAAAAGUGUAUAUAACAAUGGAUAUUUUAAAUAACUUUUCUUUUGAAAAAUCUGGGUUUAAAGCUGAAAAAGAGAGUUCUGAGGAAUACAGAGUCGACGAUCUGGAAAAUGAUUUUACAUACCACUAUUCUCAAUUAAAAAAUAUUUCGGAACCCUUGAGCAGUGAUUCUAAAAUAGAGGCUCCUGACAAUCUUUCAGAUAAUGAAAAUACAUAUUUUGAAUUAACAUCUGAUACGAAAAAUGAAAAUUCAACUUUGGGUGAUUUGUCGAAUUCCGCAGAUAAUGAAUUAGAUGAUGAUGUUAUAAUUGAAAUGGAGUAUUUUAAUUCAUCAAAAGAGAUACAUAGCAAUAAAAAUUCUAAUUACGUUGAACUUGAACAUUAUUCACCUCUUAAUGAUAAAAAAAAGUUGCCGUCAAUAAAAAAUGAGCCUAGUAAAUCUUCAGACGUUUCUAGGGAUAUAAAAAUAUUAGACGUAAGAUCUCUGAGUGAACAGGAUGAUAAUUGGUCACAAAAUGAAGAAAAUACUCAAGAAGAUGUUGAUUUAAUUGAAGACAAUGAUUGUAAAGUAGAGUUUGUGAGGACUAAUUGUGUAAAUGCACCUUUCCAAACUCUCAGAGCAGGAGAGCCCUGGACUUGUGGUAUCUGUUUUUCGGAAUUUGGUGACAUUUCUCAGAUGUUAAAACACAUGCGGACCCACAAAGGUGAUAAACUUUUUGAAUGUAGCACUUGUUUUGAAAGGUUCUCGAAUAAAAGAGAUUUAACCAAUCACAUGCAUAAUCAUAUUCAUGAGGCCUAUAGGUGUUAUAUCUGUUCAUUGGGUUUCACUAAAAAAUUUAAUUACAAUAAUCACAUGCGACUUCAUAAUGCAGAGAAGGAGAAACAACCUUAUCGAUGUGAUGUCUGUUCGAUAAGAUUUUCUGAACGACGUCAUUUAACCAGUCAUUUAAGAACUCAUAAUGAUGAUAAACCAUUCCAGUGCGAAAUUUGCAAUUUGAAAUUCAAGUGGAAAUAUCUUUUAACCCGACACCGGCGAAUUCAUCCAGAGUAAAAGGGUUGAUGUAAUUUUUUAAAUAAGAUAUUUAAUGCAUUUUUAAGUGCUUAGUGGAUUUAAGGGGUUACAAGGGUUUGACGGCUUCAAAAAAUCGAUUUUUCUUUAUUAAUGUUCUUAUUGAAUUCUACAAUAUCUCUAAAAUAUUGUCCUAAAAUUUCAUCUAAAAAGUUGCGCGCUCCAGGCGCUGUUUCAUUGUCACUCAAAACUUUAAACGCGUUUUUCUCAAAACUAUCUUUUCAAAAACGGUUGUCAAGAUUUCUCGAGAACUAUUCAACUGAUCUUGAUGAAAUUUUAGAUAGAUCUUCGAGAUAUAAUUUACAAGGUCUGGAACGAAGGAUUUUUUUUUUUUAAUUACAACUAUUUAAAAAAAAAAUGCCGCGUAGUUUUAGCCAAAGUUUUCAUUUUUUUGUAAAAACCUCUACCCAAAAUCCAAUUAUUAUUUUUUUUUUCUUCAUCCAAGUUCUAAAUUGAAGUCUUAACUAAAACACUUAUUUUUUUUUUUAUUUCUUCAAAUGAUCCUACUAGGAGUUCUACUGUCAAUGGCAGAGUUUUUAAUAUUUUUU